AUGACGACGCAAGCUCCGGCCGACGCGACUCCGCAAGACCUCGGCGCGACGGCGAACGAAGUGGUGGUUCGGACCGAGGCGCAAUUACGAGCGGUGAUUAAAGCCGGGAAACCGAUCCUGCUGGUCGCGACGGUGAUUCUGACGUCACCGCUGCCAAAUAUAACGACGUCCGUCACGAUUCGCGGCCAUGCCACGACUUGCGCUGAUCUUAAGUUCAAGCUGUGCCGUAUCGAUGGGCGCAGCAAGUACCGGCACUUCACCGUGACUCGCGGCGGGCGGUUGCAGCUGACGCUCGUGAUGCUCAGCCGCGGGUACACGCGCGACGGCAGCGGCGGGAGCACGCUGCUCGUGAACGGCGGCGUCGCGAUCCUCAACCGCGUGUUCUUCCGCGGAAACUCCGCCUUCGGCACGACGGCGGGCGGCGGCGCGAUCGAGGUGGAUGAGGGCAGCAAGCUCUACUCGACCGCGUCGCACUUCAUCCGCAACAUCGCCGGGUUCGGCGGCGCGAUCGGCGCGGCGGACGGCAGCACGCUGAGCCUGUACGGCAACAUCUUCCACCGCAACCUCGCGUCGACGGCGGGCGGCGCGAUCUCGAUGCUGCUGCGCACGCAGGCGACGAUCCGCAAGUCGCAGUUCACGGCGAACGAAGCCGGGCAAGGAGCCAUAAUUCACCUGGAUGCGUCCAACAUGACUCUCUGCAAUGCCACCUACUGGAACAACAACGCCACCCUCAUGGCGCCCAAUGUGUUGGCUCAGACAGGGUCCACUGUGCUGCUGUGCGCCGUUCCCAAGUCUGCUGUUGUCGCCACUGACAAUUCCACUGUCACCCAGUCCUGCAGCGCCUGCAUCUGA